CCUCCUGAAUUCUCUUCCAACCCUAAAAAAAGAAAAAGGUCUUCGCCGAUUCCAUGAUGGUGUGCAGUUCUUGAAAGGUCUGGAGCACCUCUACCCUCAUGUCUGGGACCUUGCCCCCCUCGGGACAUGACUCUUAUGCUGUCAAGGCUCAUGGGUCCCCACUUUGAACCCUUUGCUUCCUGCUUCCUCCUGCUUCUCUCCCGGAAGAUCUCCUUCUUGGUCGCUAUAACUUUGGCCCAUAGGGUGUCCGACACCAGGACACUCUCAUCAGAGCCGCCUUAUAUGGUCUUCUAUAAGUACAAAGUCCAGCUGCGUCUGCACCCAGCUUUUCUGCCCAAGCUAGUCUCUCAGUUUCAUACUGGUCAAGACAUAUAUUUACUGGUCUUUUGUCCAAAGCCUCAUGGAAUGGAUGAGGAAUGCAGGCUGCUUAUCCUGGAUGUCAGAGGGCUGCUGGCCUUCUACAUGGAUAGAACAAAGCUGUUCUGAACAUCAACGCAAUUGUUCAUUUCUAUCACAGAUGAAGGGUUGCCCAGUGUCUGCCUGGAGAAUCUCAUCAUGGCCUGUAUCCACUACUCUUAUGAACUGGCGAAGGUGCCCCUGCCCGCUAGCAUGAUGGGUCAUUCCACUAGGGCGCCGGCAUCAUCAUCAGCCUUCUUGGUGCAGGUGCCGAUCCUAAAAAUCUGUCUGGCUACAACCUGGUGUUGGGAUGGUGGGUGAGAAUGAGGAGGAGAAACCCCAGCAGGAAGAUGCUGAGCAAGUAGAACCACAUGGAACAUUAUCAGGAAGAUCCAAAGGGAAUGUUUCCGGGAGUUGUGGAUUCCUAGAAAAAUCAAAAGCCUGUGAGACUCAGCAGAGGCCAGAGGAAAACUUCAGUAGCCACUCAGACCUUAUUACACAUGAGAGAAUCAACUUGGAAGAGACACGCUACACAUGCCAUGAGUGUGGGAAAAGCUUCAAUGGGAGCUCUCACCUUCUCAGACAUCAGGGAAUCCACAGAGGAGAGAGACCCUACACAUGUUCUGAGUGCGGUAAUAGCUUCAAUCAGAACUAUACCCUCAUCAGACAUUGGAGAACCCACACUGGAGAGAAACCCUACACGUGCUCUGAGUGUGGGAAAAGCUUCAAUCAGAGCUCAAACCUUAUCAGACAUAGGAAAAUCCACACAGGUGAGAAACCUUAUGAAUGCUCUGAGUGUGGGAAACACUUCAUUCAUAGUUCAGCCCUCAUCUCACAUCAGAAAAUCCACACAGGAGAGACACCCUACAUAUGCUCUGAGUGUGGGAAAAGCUUCAAUAAUAGCUCUGACCUCAUCACACAUCGUAGAAUCCACACAGGAGAGAAACCCUACACGUGCUCUGAGUGCGGGAAAAGCUUCAAUCAGAGCUCAAUCCUUACUAGACAUCAGAAAAUUCACAUGAGAGAGAACUGUAAUAAAUGCCUUGACUAGAGCUGGCCAAAGAUUUUUCUUUAAAAAAAAUCAGAUUUGCUGAUUCCCACAGAGCGAUCUUUGUACCAUCUUCACUGUGGUCUCUCAGCUCCCCCAGAUGAGUUGCCUGCUUCUGCCUUUUUCAGCUCACCCUCCUUUGGGGUCAGUCCUGUGAUCUAUUCUAUCAAUUCCUUUCCGUUCGAAUCAAAGGAGUGUGUGUCGCUCCAGCCAGGAAUGUUCAUCAGCUCCAGGUGGGAGACAGAGAUUUGAUCCCAACAAGCUGCACUGAGGCAAAAAUUACCUGUGCCUGACAUCCACUAGGACUGUACAUGGCGUUGGCUGCUCAAGUUAGUGAUCUUGAUGUAAAAAGACAAUUAUAGUUGUAGUGCAGAUGCAGCCCAGAUGUGUAAGAGGCUGAUUCUGUGAUAACUUUCAGUUUUACAAUAUGAUUCAGGUUUUCUUCUAGUUCUCUCCCUGCCCCCUCCUACUGUAUCAGAAAUGGUGGCUAAUCCUGAAAUUAAAACCUCACUCCAAAGGAAUUAGAGCGGGGGAAUAUGUGGGAGAAAUAGCAUGUAAGAGAAUAGAGACCCAGAACGAACUGUAAUUAUUUCUAUUUCUGUUAAGAGAAAAAUUACUUGAGACAAGAUGUGUAACCUUUUACCCAUCCCC